UGUCAGUGAAUGUUUAGUUAGAAAAUAUGGUACGGCGAAUGGGCGAAAGAAGAAAACAGUAAAAAAAUAUUACAAUUUAGCGAAUUAUUUCUUUAUUAAAUAUGUAAAUCGCUUCUAAAAUGUGUGAAGAAAGUAAUCAAGAGAGGCAAGACAAUGAACUUUUCGCAUUGCAGUCAAUAUAUGAGGAAGCAGUGGUGGACAACAGAAAAAAGUCAGCUUGGAACGAAUGGCGCCCUCUGAAUGUCCUCUUGAAUUUGCAGCCCACCUCUAACUCUGUGCAUUGUGGAGUGACUUUGCAAAUUGAGUGCUGUCAUAACUAUCCUGAUAAACCUCCAAAUAUACUAAUAAACAGUAGUUAUGGAUUAUCAGAUGACAACACACACAAACUCUUAGGAGAAUUGCAGACUUUGGUUAAAGAGCAGCGCGGUAAAGUUAUUAUAUUUGAGUUAGCACUACAUACUGAGCAAUUUUUAGGUAAACAUAACAGACCAACAUUAUCUUUUUACGAAGAGAUGGUGCGAGAAAAAGAUGAAUUGGAAAAAUUAAAACAGCAUGAGGAAAAUGAGGAGCUACAAAAAAUGAAGGAAGAGAUUGAACGCUGCCAAAAAGCAAUGAGAGGAAGCAUAGAUAGCUCAUCCAGCUCAGAUCCCAACAGUGACAACAGAAAUGGUCAUGGAGAUGCUCCUAAACUUUUAUACUAUGCAGACGACAGAAUGUUGCCAGUGAAGAAAAUUUUCAAGAGAAAUACCAGUUCAGUUGCUUGCACUUGCAACACUAAAGGCACUAAAUUGCUGCGUUAUUCGCAGAGGAAUAAUAAAAAAGUUUAUGUUGGAAACUGUAUAGGACAUUCGUCCAAUGGUGCAACAACUUUCUUAGCAAUAGAUGACGACGGAGAAAGAGUUAUAGCGAAAAAAUGGCACCUCAAUGUUUCUAACGACUUCCAAACAAGAAGUCGACAACUAAACGCUCUCCAACAAGACUUAAAAGCAAUGUGUCGAAUAAAACACAAAUCCUUAGUGCCUUAUAUUACUAUGGAAACAAUAACUGAGUCAAAGAAAACGGGUCGACAAAACGUAUACAUAUUCAGGGAUUACGUUCUCGGAGCAUCCCUAAAGUAUCUUCAAGAGAAAUCGAACUUUGGUGACAAGAUGGAAAGGUUGAAAUUAGUGCGGCAAGUAGGUUUAGGUGUUCUGAGUGCUCUAAAGGAGUUGCAUGACGUCAAUGUGUUGCAUAGAGAUGUUCGAAGUGAGACUGUGUUUAUAGAAGACAGCGGUGCUGUUAAAUUGGUUGGUGCAGCCCUUGAUGUGAGAUUGACAGAGAUGGUUGAAGAAGAAACCUAUUGUGACCGACAGACGAAAUCCCAAGAUGUGUAUGCAGCGGCGCAGUUGUUACUGUCGAUAGUGUCUGAGGAGCCUGGCCGUGAAGUACCACCUGAUUUGCCUGGAUCAGCUAAAGACUUCUUCUCAAGAUGUUUGAUGGAAGAUGAACAUUACCAAUGGACGGCAGAACAAUUAGUCGAUCAUGGAUUUUUACGAGACGCAGCGCCCACUAGUAUGCCCAAUGGUAAAGAGAAACUGGCAGCCGACAGUGGUUCUGAGGACGAAGAUGGAUCGAAACGUGUACGCGAUAUAGUCACGCUAGUCAACGGUCAGUCGCGUCUUAGCGUCGAUUUCGAAGUGUUGGACUGGAUUGGAAAAGGUGCUUUUGGUGAUGUCUUGAAGGUGAGAAACAAACUUGACGGCGGUUUCUACGCCAUCAAGCACAUAAAGCUGAAUCCUAAAAGCGUUGAAUUAAAUAAGAAAAUCAAUAGAGAAGUGAAGCUUCUGUCACGUCUAAACCACGAGAACGUGGUCCGGUACUACAAUGCGUGGAUAGAGACCAUCACGGAGACAGAGAGUGGAGGGGAGAUACAAGAAAGCAGCGUUGUCAAGACUCCGGCAAAUAAAGGCGAUAGUUUAUUGGAGGUGGUUGCGAAGCUCGGCCAAGAUGUUCAGAUUAAUGGCACAUGGUCCAUGCCAGGCCGACCGGUUGAUGAAUCUUCAGAUACAGAAGAGGAUUCCGAUGAUGACGACGAGCCCCUGUUCAUUAUGAAGCAAGAAGAGGAGUCGAGCAGUGCAAUAGAGUUUGAACAGAACUCAAAACAAUCAGAAACUUUACCGUCAGAAGAAACCAUAACCCAGCCACCGAUGUCCAAACAAGUUCUGUACAUACAAAUGGAGUUCUGCGAAAAGAACACACUGAGGCAGGCAAUCGAUAAUGGAUUAUACCAGGAGAAUGUUAGGCCUUGGAGGCUUUUUAGGGAGAUCUUGGAAGGGUUAGCUCAUGUACACCAAAAAGGUAUGAUCCAUAGAGAUUUGAAACCGGUUAACAUUUUCUUGGACUCCAAUGACCACGUUAAGAUCGGGGACUUUGGGCUUGCUACCAAGGUGUUCAGUGGAUUAAAGGUUGAAGAUAUCCAGUCGCAAGAAGAUGGCGAUGGACUUCUGACAGGACAGGUUGGCACUAGAUUGUACGUAGCGCCGGAGCUCCAACAGUCUGCAAACAAAGGGAUAUACAACCAAAAAGUCGACAUCUACUCUCUCGGCAUCAUACUGUUCGAAAUGUUUCACCCGCCGUUCUAUACGGGCACGGAGAGACAUCAUGUGCUCACUACUUUGAGGAAGAAAGAGAUUGUGAUACCAGAGGAGUUUCAGAGAGAUGAAAAUUCUAAACAAAUACAUGUUAUAAGAUGGCUCCUAAAUCACGAUCCAAGUCUCCGGCCAACGAGUGCUGAGCUGCUGUCAUCAGAACACGUCCCUAGAGCAGUUCCCGAAGGAACGUUCUCUGGGGUGCUGUCCCAUGCGCUCAGCGAGCGUGGCUCCAGGAACUACCAGCGACUGGUGUCCGCGUGUCUGGAGCAGAAACCCUCACCAGCUGAGGACUUCCUCUAUCACAGGGACUUGAAGACGAAGUCCACGGAAGUGCUAGCUGCUUUAAAAGAUCUGGUAGUUAAGGUCUUCCAAAGCCACGGCGCAAAUGAGUUCACACCUCCACUGAUGAUUCCUCGCACUAAGCGAUGGGAUCAGUAUCCCAAUGCGGUCAGAGUUAUGACGUCAUCGGGGUCCAUAUGCCAUCUGCCACAUGACCUACGGUUACCGUUUGCAAGACACAUUGCAUACUCGGGCACUAAAUACAUGCGACGCUAUCUUGUGGACCGCGUGUAUAGGGAAGCUAUCAAAGGCUUCCACCCGCGAGAGAUGAUCGAAUGUGCCUUCGAUAUCGUCGCUCCAAAGACAGAAACCCUCUGGCCCGAUGCUGAGCUCCUGGUAGUGGCAAGUCGAGCGGCUCUCGAAUGUUCCCUCAAAGUGACCAUACAGUUGAACCACACAGACUUGUUGAAGACAUUGCUGCUUUCCUGUGGUGUGCCCCAAGACAAACAUUCGGUUAUAUACCCUGUUCUGGUAGAUGUCAGUUUAGGGCGCAUAACAAAUCUACAAUUACAAACUCACCUAACAACGCUCUGUGUGUCGAAACGUGACGAGACGAACAUGUUGCGUUUGAUGGAAGCUGACGUGCCCGUCAAACAAGUGCGCGAGUUAGUCGGCUCUAUGGGCAGAGACAAGUGGGGCUCCACCUUGGAGAGGGCAAUACGACAGUUGGAGGCUGUAUGCAGUCAUGCAGUCGCUUUGGGUUGUGAAGUACCUAUAACAGUAGCCCCCUUUUUUGCGUACAAUGCAACGCAACACUGCGGGGUGUUCUGGAAGAUAUCGGUGUCCAGGGACGAACGCCGUUCGACCACUAAACAUCGCUCCAGGGAUCUAAUAGCAGCCGGUGGCAGGUACGAUAAUUUAGUCGAAGAGUUCUGGAAGGUGGCGCGCGUUGAAAAGGAACACAACAACGCAGAGCUGAAGUGCACGUCAGUUGGAUUCUCUAUGUCCCUGGAGAGGAUGGCGGCCAUUUUGAAAAAUAUGGAGGUGUUCCCUAAUCCUCCGUCUGUGAUCAAAAACAGCGAGUGUAACACCAUAUGCGUCUCCGUCUGCAAUGGCAAUAAGGCCAUUCGCGACGGCUCGGAGGCGAAACGCGCGCAGAUAGCUCGCGAGCUGUGGGCCAAUGGACACUCAGCUUUAUGCUGGUCGGCGAACCCUGCUGAUGCUCACGAUCUUACUAAAGCCCCUGUUGUGUUGGUGCAUGACAACCUUUAUGUUAUUGUUUCCUUCUGGGAAGGUACUGGAGUACGUGAAUUCAAAGUGUUACAAACAGAGGUCAUAGAGUUCGUGAAACAGAAGUUGAGGAGUCCUGAAAUUAUACGAAAUACGGACUGUGGGACUCGUACCACGAGUUGGCCUGAAGGCGAGAAGUCGAACAGUCCAACAAUAUCUGUAACCUUCAUUACUGCGAGUGAAAGGAUCAGCAAAAACAACAAGAGACAAUGUGAAGUACAAAUAAACAACCAAAUGACCUCGAUAUUAGUGAACCUGGGACUGCAAGUGUUGCACAGAGUACGAGUCAACGUACUAGCGCUGGCGUGCGAGGAGAGCUGCGUGCGCGCGCUAGCUGCCAACCUGAGCGUGCCCCUCGAGGGGGCCCGCCUCGACCGUGCCUUCCAGCCCGUCUGUGAUAGAUACCCAAAACGCCAGAACAUUCUAGAAGAUGCACUCAGAGAACUGAGCAACAUAGCCAAGCAAGUCAAUCAAAGCAGAAGUGCAGAUGAGACGCAGCUAUACGCUCUCUUUUCAAUACCCGACUCCAUUUGUCGCAUGAUUACUUGAUAUUUGUUUUUUUUUUAUAUAAAAACGUGAUAUAAAUAUCAUCAUCAUCAUCAUCAUAUCAGCCGAUGGACGUCCACUGCAGGACAUAGGCCUUUUGUAGGGACUUCCAAACAUCACGAUACUGAGCCACCUGCAUCCAGCGAAUCCCUGCGGCUCGCUUGAUGUCGUCAGUCCACCUGGUGGGGGGUCGGCCAACACUGCGCUUACUAGUGCGGGGUCGCCAUUCCAGCACUUUGGGACCCCAACGUCCAUCGGCUCUUCGAACUAUGUGCCCCGCCCAUUGCCACUUCAGCUUCGCAACUCGUUGAGCUAUGUCGGUGACUUUGGUUCUUCUGCGGAUCUCCUCAUUUCUGAUUCGAUCACGCAGAGAUACUCCUAACAUAGCUCGUUCCAUCGCCCGCUGUGUGACUCUGAGCCUUCUUAUGAGGCCCAUAGUUAGCGACCAAGUCUCGGAACCAUCACUGGCAACACGCACUGUUCGAAGACAUUUGUCUUCAGGCACUGAGGAAUUUCGGACGAAAAGAUGUCGCGAAGUUUCCCGAAUGCAGCCCAAUAUAUCAAAACAAAACAAAAAUAUAUCUCCAGUCAAUAGUACAAAUACCAGAACAACUUACUUAAAUCAUCUUUCUAGCAUAAUCCGCAUUCAAUAUGUUUGGAAGUUAUGGUCACAGACAAACACGGUAUACUUACGACGCUCAUCUUUGUGUUAGAUCCUGAAGUCCUCUGAAAUAAUAUCUAUCAGUGUUUUAAGCAAUAUCUACGGACAGAGUUACUAUAUAAUUAAAGAUCCAUGUCACGAUCUAUUUUGUGUUAUAUAGGUCUAAUAUGCGCGCCAAUAACGAGAUCAUUUUGUGUCUCUUUUUCGUCCUAUUCCAACGAAAGACAAGAUUGAUAUUUAUGAUAUCUAUUUGGUUUCGAUGGAAAGAAAGGGAGCGAUAUUUAUCUCAUUUCUUUUGUGGUGAUGGGAUGAACGAGACAGCUAUGUUUAUCUUAUCUCUUUUGCGGCGAUGGGACGAACGAGAGAGCGAUGUAUAUCUUAUCUCUUUUGUGGCGAUGGGACGAACGAGAGAGCGAUGUUUAUCUUAUCUCUAUCGUGGCGAUGGAACGAACGAGAGAGCGAUGUUUGUCUUAUCUCUGUUGUGGCGAUGGGACGAACGAGAAAGCGAUGUUUAUCUUAUCUCUUGUGGCAAUGGAACGAACGAGAGCGAUGUUUAUCUUAUCUCUGUCGUGGCGAUGGGACGAACGAGAGAGCGAUGUUUGUCUUAUCUCUGUUGUGGUGAUGGGACUUACGAGAGAGCGAUGUUUGUCUUAUCUCUGUUGUGGCGAUGGGACGAACGAGAGAGCGAUGUUUAUCUUAUCUCUGUCGUGGCGAUGGGACGAACGAGAUCGAUGUUAUCUUAUCUCUUUUGUGGCGAUGGGACGAACGAGAGAAGGAUGUUUAUCUUAUCGCUUUUGUGGCGAUGGGACGAACGAAAGAGCGAUGUUUAUCUUAUCUCUGUCGUGGCGAUGGGACGAACGAGAGAGCGAUGAUUAUCUUAUCUCUGUCGGGGCGAUGGGACGAACGAGAGAGCGAUGUUUAUCUUAUCUCUGUCGUUUCGAUGGGACGAACGAAAGAGCGAUGUUUAUCUUAUCUCUGUCGUGGCGAUGGGACGAACGAGAGAGCGAUGUUUAUCUUAUCUCUGUCGUGGCGAUGGGACGAACGAGAGAGCGAUGUUUAUCUUAUCUCUGUCGUAGCGAUGGGACGAACGAGAGAGCGAUGUUUGUCUUAUCUCUGUAGUGGCGAUGGGACGAACGAGGGAGCGUAGUUUGUCUUACCUCUGUGGUGGCGAUGGGACGAACGAGAGAGCGAAGUUUGUCUUAUCUCUGUCGUAGCGAUGGGACGAACGAGAGAGCGAUGUUUGUCUUAUCUCUGUCGUGGCGAUGGGACGAACGAGAGAGCGAAGUUUAUCUUAUAUCUGUCGUAGCGAUGGGAAGAACGAGAGAGCGAUGUUUAUCUUAUCUCUUUUGUGGCGAUGGGACGAACGAGAGGGCGAUUUUUGUUCUAUGUCUGUUGUAGCGAUGGGACAAACGAGAGAGUCUUACUUCCUUCGUUGUGAUAGAAUGUAAGAAAGAAAGAGCUAUAUUUGUGGUAUCCCUUUCCUUGUGAAGGGACGAAAGAGGGAGCGAUAUUUAUUUAUCUUAUCUCGUUUGUUAGGAUGAGAUGAAACAGAGCGUUAUGUAAACUAAACUAUCUCAUAAACUCUUGGUGUGAAUCUUAGGCCUAGAAGUAUUCCUCAGUGUAGAUAAAAUUAUCUACAAAAUGUAUUAGUGUAGUGUAAUAUUAGUAAAAAAGAAUAUUAUAUUGCCUUACUGCUGUAUUUUAUAAUGACGCCUAUUUUUUGUUUGUAGUGAUAAAGUGUAGGUAUUUACAGAAAAGCGUUGGUGUGUAAAACAGAAGGAGAAUACAGAGAAAUAUUAAAUUAUCAUGCAGUCGCUAAGAAACGGUUUAUUCUUAUUAAAUAAUAAAUAAAGUUCCUAAAUAAUUUAAAAAUACCUUCCUGUUGUGCUAACCUUUCUUUAGUUUAUACACAAACGUUUAAUGCCUCCUUACGACAUAACUGUCAUAAAUAUCUUCAUCAUAAAAUAGAACAUGUAAACAUCGGUUUAAGUAACGAUUUGUUUUGAAACAAAAUGAAAUUCAAGAAAUAUAAAGUGAAAUUCAUUCUGAAUCAUUUCGUUAUUUAAAUUGACAUUUAAAACUAAGGCAAAAACUGUUUAAGUUUUUACAUUUUAUAACUAAAAAUGUAUGUAGACAAAGUCAUAUUUUGUAUGUGUUUAAUACCAAUUCUAUUUUAAAUAAAAAAAAUAUUAAAUACCUGUA